AUGAGCACUCAAUUCGUCAAUCAAGCCGCAUGGCAGACUGCCGCAAAUACGAAGCCACUGAAGGUCGGACCGGGGCCCGACCAGAGCAAUCCAGCCUCUGAUGAAGUGGUCAUCAAAGUUGAAUAUGUUGCAAUUAAUCCUUCUGAGUGGAAGAUGCAAGACUUCAACUACCUCCCAUUGCAGUUCCCGCAUGUCCUUGGGAGCGAUGUCGCCGGGAUUGUUGUCAAGACAGGAGAUGCAGUCACUCGCUUCAAGGACGGCGAUCGAGUUAUCGGCCACUGUCUCGGCCUGAUGUUUGGUGGAGCAAGGCACGGUGGCUUUCAGCACUACACGACCUGUCGCGAGAUUGUUGUUGCGAAGGUUCCUGACAGCGUUCCACUUGAAAGCGCAGUCGUCCUCCCGCUUGGCCUGUCCACCUCCAUCACAGGCCUGUUUGAGAUUCUGAAGCUUGACCUUCCCACCAGCAGCAAUGCUGAGAAGAAGGGCAAGACAGUUCUCAUCUGGGGAGGUAGCUCGUCAAUGGGAAGCACAGCAAUCCAGCUUGCUGUCGCCGCAGGCUACGACGUCGUGUCCACGGCCAGCAAGCGCAAUCACGAAUACGUCAAAGACUUGGGAGCUCAAGAGGUCUUCGAUCAUACCGACCCUGAGGUUGUGGAGAAGAUUUCAGGAAGGCUCCAGGGGUUUGACGUGGCAGGGAUUUGCGAUUCCAUUGGCGAAGAGUCGUCUAUCAGGGCUUGUGCGGCAAUUCUGUCGUCACUUGGUGGUGGAAUCUUCUCAACUGUUUUGUGGCCACCAAAUGACCUUCCCGAAAAUGUGAACGCGAUUAUGGUCUACGCCUCCAAUCCCGGGUUAGUCCCCGAUCAUGUUGGAAUAACGGUAUGGAGAGAUUUUGUUGAGUCCGGGUUGCGAACAGGCGCACUUCGAGCCAAGCCAGAGCCUAGGGUUUUGACCGGUGGGCUCGACGUGGUUCAAGACGCACUCGAACUUCAGAAGAAAGGAGUAUCCGCCAAAAAGAUUGUUGUACGGAUGUAG